AUUGUCGUUGUUUAUAUCGUUCUACCAAGUGUUUGCAAUGGAGGAUAAUUUAGAAGUGACAGUGAAAUCCCAGGAAUUAAAUUCAGAAAUUGAUAAUUGGCAGUUAUGGCGGAAGAGACCGCAAAUUUUAAAAGAGCCAUCGGUGAUCACAACUCAGCAUCCAUUAGAUGAAUUCUACAAAUUGAACCACGAAUAUAGAGGCAUAGCUCUAAUUUUAAACCACAAAUACUUCGACAAUGUUUCUAACAAAACAAGAACAGGUACCGAAUUUGACAUGUUCGCAAUGAAAGAAACGUUCGAAGAACUCCAGUUCCAGGUACAGGUAUACAACGACUUGUCUCGAAUGGAAGUGUUGAAACUUUUUAAGUAUGUGUCACAAAUGGACCAUUCGCGAUGUGAUUGCUUGGUGGUGGUGGUUAUGACCCACGGAAAAAGCAAUGGGCGGAUUUUUGCGCGCGAUCACGAUUAUUCCACAAACGAAAUGGUUGGUUUUUUCUCGGGAACAAGAUGUCCGAGUUUGGCGGGAAAACCAAAAUUAUUUUUUAUACAGGCCUGCAGAGGAGAAACCACAGACUCCGGGGUUAAGAUGACUUAUGUAGAAUCGGAUGCCAACGAAGCACUCGUUUAUACAAUACCAGUAAUGGCGGAUAUACUUAUGAUGUAUGCAACAGCAGAAGGCUUCUACGCGUGGAGGGACACAAAAAAGGGGAGCUGUUUUAUCCAGUCAUUGGCGGAACAGUUAAAACGUCAUCACCGCGAACGAGACCUUCUGUCAAUUUUAACUCUUGUCAAUAGACAAGUCGCCAUUGGAUUCAGUUCUAAAACUCUGGACCCGAAGAUGAACAAUAAAAAGGAAAUGUGUUCUAUCGUCAGCAUGUUGACGAGACUUUUGUAUUUUCCUUAAUUAGUACGAAUUGACUUGUUCGUACGACUGGCUCGCUAUUUUGAUUAAAAUAUUUGUGAAAUAGUACUACUACUAUUUUUAUUAUUAUAUCUGGGAUGUUUUCCUCCAGUGGCGUUCCUGGUUGGUUAAAGUGCCCAAAAAAAGGGUUGCUGUUUUUUUUUAAUUUAAAUAAAUCCUCCCAAUAUCAGAAAAUACGUCCCAAGUGUUAGUCCGGUCAGAUUUUUUUGAUAAAUAUAGCAACCUCAUAUCUACAGGCGUUCUAUCAAUCUAUCACCCCCAUUUAAGAGAUCGAAAAGGGAGUCUGUGUGGUGGUGUCUUCUAACAUCAGAGAAUACAGCCCAAGUGUUAGUUUAUCAAAUCAAAUUUAUUUCCAUAAACCUGAUUUGAGGUAUUCGAUAUUGUCAAAAAUAUAAACAAUAUAUUACAAACAUUCAAUAUUUAAAU